CGGCCCACUCCACCAUGAAGCUCUCCCUGCUGCUGACCGGCCUGGCCGCUCUGCUGGUGGCCGCCUCGGCGGCGCCUCAGGAGAUCGAUGCGGCGGUGGACGCCGCCGGCGCGGAUGCCUCCGUCUCCAUCGGCGGGUCGGACGCCGGCGUCGAUGACGUCAUCUCCAUGGACGGCGAUGACGAAGCCUUGGUAACGAUCGGCGACAGGGAUGUGGUCGUGGGGGGCGAGGCGUCCGUGUCGAUGCCUGGGGGCGAUGGAGAGGAGAGGCCGCCCAUGCCGUCGCUCGUCAGCGAUGAAGAUGAGGACGAGGAUGACGACGACGACGAAGAGGAGUCCAGGCCGCCGCGGAGGGGCGGAGGCAGGCGUCGUCGACAGCGCCAGGGGCGGCAGUGCCAGACCGGGGCCCAGCGUCGCCGCCGCCCGCAGGGCGAGUCUGAGGCCGGCAGCGAGCCGGGGGAGGACGGCGGGGAGCGGAGGAACCACCAAGCGCGGCCCGGCUCGGACGCGUCAGCGGUGAUCGGCAGCUCCGGCGGCACUGGGCCGGCCGACACGCACCAUCGGCUGCCCUAG